AAACAUAUUGCCUUUGCGCGGUCUUUGAGGGUGAGCGUUUAACAAGAUAUGCUCUGUUCCCGCACGCAGAGUUACUAAAUGAAGGCGCUUUUGAAAACCAUUAACCGCAAGACUGCAUUUACUUAUCUGCAUUCAAAGGAAGUUAUUUCACAGGUCUGCUUUCUGAAAUUUUAUUUUAUUUUCCAGUCCUUUCAUAUAAGAAGAAGCAUACAAUAUGAUUACUCUUGCGGGAUCACAGAGACACACUGGAUAGUACCUGACUCCAAAAUGAAUUGGGUUGCAAUUUUCCUGACCAUAUUCUUUCGAACAGUUGUCCUCCAUAGUAUCUUGAAUGAAAGGUCACUGGUGACGAUGGGUUCUUCACAGAGAUCUGUUGCCAGAAUGGAUGGAGACAUAAUUAUCGGUGCUCUUUUCUCAGUCCAUCAUCAGCCUCCUGCCGACAAAGUCCCAGAGAGAAAAUGUGGAGAGGUCAGGGAGCAAUAUGGCAUCCAGAGGGUCGAGGCCAUGUUUCAUACAUUGGACAGGAUCAAUUCAGACCAAAACCUUCUUCCUAACAUUUCUCUGGGUUGUGAGAUAAGGGACUCUUGUUGGCAUUCUUCUGUGGCCCUAGAACAGAGUAUUGAGUUCAUAAGAGAUUCAUUAAUUUCCAUCAGAGAUGACAAGGAUGGUUCAAAAUGGUGCCUUGAUGGGAUGACUUCCUACAUUCCUAUAAGAACAAGGAAACCCAUUGCAGGAGUUAUUGGGCCGGGAUCAAGUUCAGUGGCCAUACAAGUGCAAAAUCUUCUCCAACUUUUUAAUAUUCCUCAGAUUGCUUAUUCCGCUACAAGCAUUGAUCUUAGUGACAAAACCCUCUUUAAAUACUUUUUAAGGGUGGUACCUUCUGACACACUCCAGGCACGGGCAAUGCUGGAUAUUGUCAAGAGAUACAACUGGACCUAUGUAUCUGCAGUACACACUGAGGGAAAUUAUGGAGAAAGUGGAAUGGAAGCCUUCAAAGAACUGGCUGCUCAGGAGGGCCUCUGCAUUGCCCAUUCUGAUAAAAUCUACAGUAACGCCGGUGAGAAGCACUUCGACAGACUUCUGCGCAAACUCAGAGAGAGACUGCCUAAGGCGAGAGUUGUCGUCUGUUUCUGUGAAGGGAUGACAGUAAGAGGGCUACUUAUGGCUAUGAGAAGACUUGGGGUCGCUGGAGAGUUCCUCCUGGUUGGCAGUGAUGGCUGGGCUGACCGUGAUGAAGUCAUAGAAGGAUAUGAGAUGGAAGCACUAGGAGGAAUCACCAUGAAGCUGCAGUCUGCGGAGGUCAUGUCUUUUGAUAACUACUUCCUAAAGUUACGGCUUGAUACUAACACACGUAAUCCAUGGUUUUCUGAAUUUUGGCAAUACCGGUUUCAGUGUCGUAUUCCAGGACACCCCCAGGAAAAUCACAACUAUCGUAAAAUAUGUACAGGAAAUGAAACCUUGGAAGAAAACUAUGUCCAAGACAGUAAAAUGGGUUUUGUUAUAAAUGCCAUAUAUGCCAUGGCACACGGGCUGCAUGACAUGCACCGAAGCCUAUGUCCAGGUCACAUAGGCCUGUGUGAAGCUAUGACUCCAAUUGAUGGCAGCAAACUGCUGGAGUUCCUUUUGAAGACUUCAUUUAUCGGAAUUUCUGGGGAGGAAAUCUGGUUUGAUGAAAAUGGAGACAGCCCAGGCAGAUAUGACAUCAUGAAUCUUCAGAGUGUGGAAAGUGGGCGAUACGAUUAUGUGAAUGUUGGAUUCUGGCAUGAAGGCAUUUUGAAUAUUGACGACUACAGGAUUCAGAUGAACAGAAGUGGGAUUGUCCGUUCAGUAUGCAGCGAUCCCUGCUCUAAAGGGCAGAUAAAGGUUAUCCGGAAAGGAGAAGUGAGUUGCUGCUGGAUUUGCACCCCAUGUAAAGAAAAUGAAUUUGUCCACGAUGAAUUCACCUGUAAGGCUUGUGAACUGGGCUACUGGCCCAAUGAAGAACUGACAGGUUGUGACCGAAUCCCAGUGAAGUACCUUGAGUGGAGCAAUGUAGAGUCUAUAGUAGCAGUGGUUUUCUCGUGUUUGGGAAUUUUAGUCACCAUGUUUGUUACCUUCAUUUUUGUACUCUAUAGAGACACCCCAGUGGUCAAGUCUUCCAGCCGUGAGCUCUGCUAUAUCAUCUUGGCAGGGAUAUUCCUCGGUUACAUCUGCCCCUUUACACUAAUUGCUAAGCCCACCGUGGCAUCCUGCUACCUUCAGCGACUUUUAGUAGGACUUUCAUUAUCCAUGUGUUAUUCAGCUUUGAUGACGAAGACCAACAGAAUUGCUCGCAUCCUUGCUGGCAGCAAGAAGAAGAUCUGCACAAGGAAGCCACGAUUUAUGAGUGCUUGGGCUCAAGUUGUCAUUGCUUCAAUCUUAGUCAGCCUUCAGCUCACUCUGGAAGUAACUCUUAUCAUUAUGGAGCCUCCUAUGACUGUCUUGGCUUAUCCUAGUAUAAAAGAGGUCUUCUUAAUCUGCAACACAAGCAACCUAGGGGUAGUGGCGCCCUUAGGAUUCAAUGGGCUUUUAAUAAUGAGUUGCACUUACUAUGCCUUUAAGACGAGGAAUGUUCCAGCUAACUUUAAUGAAGCAAAGUAUAUUGCCUUCACUAUGUACACCACGUGCAUUAUAUGGCUGGCCUUCAUACCAAUAUACUUUGGAAGCAACUAUAAAAUUAUAACCACUUGCUUUUCCGUGAGCCUAAGUGUGACAGUUGCUCUGGGAUGCAUGUUCACACCCAAGAUAUAUAUUAUCAUUGCCAAGCCUGAAAGGAACGUGCGAAGUGCUUUCACCACAUCUGAUGUCGUACGCAUGCAUGUAGGUGAUGGGAAAGUGGCCUGUCGGACCAACAGUUUACUAAAUAUGUUCAGGAGGAAGAAAAAUCCAGCUGGAAAUACCAAUUCUAAUGGAAAGUCUGUGUCAUGGUCUGAACCAGGUGCAAGGCAGCCGCCGAAGGGUCAACACAUGUGGCACCGGCUGUCAGUCCACGUGAAAAGACAAGAGGCGGGCACGAAUCAGACAGCUGUGAUAAAACCCCUCACUAAAACCUACCAGAACAAGAGCCUCAACUUCUCAGACAUCAGCACCAAAACCUUGUAUAACGUAGCUGAAGAAGAUGAGACGGACCACGGGAGGUACAACAGGCCUAACAGUCCAUCCAUGAUGGUGCACAGGCUAUUACCCAACAUGGAGUCACCAAAGGAAGUAGAAGAUCAUCGGUUAUAUACACCAGAGCUUAUAGAGAAAAGUAUUCUGCCCCAGCAGGUUAUGGAGCAACUCCAGGGUGUUGUCACUAAGUUUAGCACAAGCAUCCCUGACAUCAACUCCAUCAUUAAUCUCCCAAGCCCAGGCAAUGGCAUAAGCCCCAUUUACCAACCCCAUCUCAUGCAACAGCAGGGUCUUCCUCUUCAGAUGAGCACCUUUAGUGAAGAUCCUGCUUCUCCAACGGUGGAGGUGGAGAGUGAGCGAUUGCAUCUCAUACACAGCUACAUGUAUGACAACACGGGCAUCCAGGAAGAGGAGGAACUGGUUCAAAGUAAAUUGACCCUGGAGGACUCUCCAGCUUUAACUCCACCUUCCCCCUUCAGAGAUUCAGUAUGCUCUGGCAGCUCUGUUCCCAGCUCUCCGGUGUCAGAGUCUGUGUUGUGCACACCACCCAAUGUGACAUAUGCCUCAGUCAUUCUAAGGGACUAUAAACAAAGUUCUUCUACUCUGUAACACUGCAUAUGCAAAAUUAUAAGAGGGCUGAAUAAAACACAGGUCGCAUCAGAAACAUGGUUUCUGAGAUAAGCUGGCCAAUGCAAAUAAAAAAGGGUAAAUAUCAAAAGCAGACAUUUCGAAUGUUUAGUAUGACUAAGGAUUUCAGGAGAUGCUGCCUUUUUACUUUUUUAGAAAAAAAAAACAAAAAAAAGACUGAUGGAAAACUCGUAUAACAAGCAGACAACUGAGAAAGCACAAGGAAAACUAUAAAGGCUUGUACAGUAUUUUAUUUUUUCUAUUCAGUAUUUAAAAACAAAAAAAAAUAUGCAUAUAAAGGAAAGACUACUGUUGUGAAGUGAAAAUAAUUUUUCAGUAACGUGUUCAGAGGUAAACAGCACAGCACGCUUUGCUGAGGCUGCCAUAUGGAUAAAUAUGAACGUAUUCUGGCCCGUGUUACAACAUCAUGCUAGGGGAUCUACUAAACACAGUGGUGUCAAGACUAGGACUUUUAAUUAUCUUGGAGUUUUACAGGAGAUCUUCCGAACUUUUAAUGUGGCUUCAUAAUUCCAUGUGUUUUUAACACUCAGCUAUCAUAAGUCAGGAAAUGCAACCAAACAUCCAGGGGAACAAUAAAUGUGACCUUACGUUGUAUACAUACUUUAUAUAAAGGAUAUACUGUAUAUGCUGUAUUUAUUAACUGAGCUCCUUGCAGGUGGUUUAUUCACUUUAUUAUCAUUAAUUGUCCAGCUAAAUAGCUAGCUUUGCAAACUACAGAAAAAAAUCCAAAUGUUACUAAAGAUUAGACCCUGCUGUCUAAUGAAGAUUUUCUUUACCUGACAUCUUUCCUCCACUCUUCAACUUUGACACAGUCUUUUACAUAAUGCCUUGAAUUCAAGAAGUGGAAAAAAAUGUUUUGUGAAAUGCCAGGUGUGAUGAAUUGAUUAACAUGCAUAUGUGUGAGGUGUCACUCAUUCUUUACUGUUUCUGAUAUUUUUAUGUACUAGUAAAUCAUUUUGAACUUUGAAAAAGUUUGUAUUAUUUAAAAAUUUAGUAUUUUUUUCAUACAAAGAUGCCGCAUUUGUAAAAUGUAAGAGCUUACAUAUUUGACAAUGUGAAAUAUUAAUAUUCUUGAACUUGUUUAAAAUGUUUUGUGAAAAUUUAGAUGUCAGUAUGGAAUCCAAGCAGGUUGACUCAUUAAAAGCUAUAGGUUUAAAGUAUAUCAGUUUGUAGUCGCUUCUGGUGAUAAAAGUGUAACAAUUAGAUCCUUGGAUUUAAUAAUGUAAUCCGAUAAUAAAAAGUGUUAGGAUUUACUUGAUACAGAACUUAGUAAUUUAGUCAUUAGAAUGCAAUUGUCUAAAGCAUAAUAUAUAAUAAUGAUCGAUCUUUGGUAUCAAUGUUAUGAAUUUAUUCAUUAUUCAUUUUAGUUUAUAGACUUAUAUAGUGUCUUACACAAUCAAGUUAUUAAUAAUUUAUAUUUAAAUGCAAUUGUUUUAAUAUAUUCCAUGUUCUGAAUCAAAAACCCUCAAUCUUGUUGUCCAGAUUAUCUUACUAAUG